AUGGACGGUGUCAUUGAGGCGCUGCACAUCUACGAUGAGCACAACAAGCCGGUUCUGUCGCACGCAUACACGGCGCGGCCGCUGUCGGCUGCCCAGCUGCUGCCGCUGUAUCUCGAUCGACUGCAGCAGCUGAGCGGAGGGCUGUCCUCUUCUCAAGCCGCAACCUCGACCUCUUCCUCCACACGGUCCCCACCACCCGGCCUCGUGUACGUGCCGGCAACGACGCCACCGACGCUCGUGUUCGCUAUCAGCCACGGCCCGCUGCUGCUGCUUCUGACCACCACCUCGGAGCUCGAACCGCUGCUGGCCCUCGAGUUUCUGCACCGCGUCGCCGAUGCGCUCGAAGACUUUCUCGGCAGCCCGUUGACGGCUGCCCGUAUCGAGGCUUCCUAUGACGUGGCGGCCCAGCUGCUGACCGAGAUGUGCGAUGCUGGCGCCGUCGGCACCACCGAAGGCAAUGCCCUGCACGAUCUCGUCGAGGUUGAAGGCCUCGUCGGCAAGCUUCUCGGCAGCAUCUCGCUUCCCGGAAAGGCGGCUGCUGCGCUUUCGGCCGCCACAUCUGCCGCCACAUCUGCCGCUUCGUCCUCUGCUUCACCCUCUCUCCUGCCCUCGUCGCUCUCGUCGCUCUCUUCUGCCUCCUCUCCCGCUCUGCCUUGGCGCCGUGCCAACGUCCGCCACACGUCCAAUGAGCUGUAUGCUGACGUGGUCGAAUCGCUCGCCGUCACCCUCGCACCCUCGGGCCGGCCUCUCGCCGCCUUCGCCCACGGCUCCAUCGCCUUCACCGCCAAGAUCUCCGGCCUGCCUGACGUUCUGCUCACCCUGUCGGAUGCUCGCCUCCUUGACCUGCCUGUCUUCCAUCCCUGCGUCCGUCUGGCUCGCUGGCGUGAACACCCUGGCCAUCUCAGCUUCGUUCCGCCCGACGGCCGCUUUGUCCUGGCCGCCUACGAGGUCGAUCUGAUGGCCGGCGCUGUCCCUGGCCAGACCCCCCUCAACCCGCUGCGCCUCCCCGUCACCGUCGAUAUGCGCACCAGCCUUGGCCCUGUUGGCGCUGACUUUGACCUGCGCGUCCACGUCAACCGCUCCUUUGCCACUGGCACCGGCGGCAGCGGCAAUGGCAACCACGGCAGCGCUGGCACCCCCGCUUCGCCGUUGCUGCAGGACGUUCAUAUCACCGUUCCGCUGCCCGCUGGCAUUCGCAACCUCGCCGAAGUCCGGCCCACCAAGGGCGACGCCGCCUACAAUCCUGGCGACCGCUUCCUCGCCUGGCAUAUUGCAGCACGUGACAUUGCUGCCGGCACUACCUACUUUGGUCUGCGCUGCACUGUCGUCGGCCACGACAGCGGCCCCGACGACCCGGAAGACGACAAUAACAAUGCCGGCCUCGGUCCCGACGGUGGCGACGAGUUUGGCUUCCGCACGACGGCUUCCUACGACGACGGCGCUGACGGUGACGACACCAUCAACGAGGGCGCAUACCAGACGCCGGCCCAGACCAAGAAGAAGAAGAAGAAGAGGGCGGCAGCAAAGGCCGCAAAGGCAGAAAUGGCAGAAAAGGCCGCCGCCAGCGCCAGAGACGAGAAGGAGGCCCAGGACGCAAAGGACGAGGCCGCCGCCGCCGCCGCCAAGCGCAGGAGAGACCGCAACCGAAUGUUGAUGCCGGCAUCGGCGGCCGUCAGCUUCUCCGUCAAGGGCUGGCUUGCCAGCGGUGUGCGCAUCGACAGCAUUGUGCUGGACCCGCGGCGCAGCCGCGGCCUCGGCGAGGGCGUCAAGCCGUUCAAAGGGGUCAAGUACCUGACCAUCAGCAAAGGGGGGGUCGAGCUGCGGUGCUGA